CCUGCCUGUGUCAAAGAGAAGAAGAGAGCAAUGACCAAGUCACAGGAGGCAGUGACGUUCAUGGACGUGGCCAUGGUCUUCAGUGAGGAGGAGCUGGGGCUGCUGGAUGCUGCCCAGAGGAAGCUGUACCAUGACGUGAUGCUGGAGACCUUCAGGAACCUUCUGUCAGUGGGAGGCCAGAGCGCAAAGAAGAUGGGGACUCUUCAUGCAGCAGGAUUGAGGUGCCUUUCACUGGGGCGGCCUCCAUGCUGGCAAAACGUCAUCAAGCUGGCCAGAACUCCAGAAGCUGAAAUAAACACUCAAGGAAAGGGUCCUCACUUCCUAGAGCAAUGCCACGCCUCCUGCCACACGGGAGCAGAAGAGACUCCCCAGGCCUCUGAGGGUGAUGGCUGUGUUGAGAGUCUCACAAGAGACCCAUCCAGCAUUACUGAAAGUCGGGAAUUUCUCUCUGGGAGAGCUCAGAGUUCUCGGAGUAAAACACAUCUUGGCAAGAGACAGAAUCAUCAGAAACAGUGUCCGCAGCCUCCAGUGACAAACAAGCCAGGGCUGUUACCCCCUGGUGUUGAUAUUCAGAGUUUCACUUCCCACCGUGAUAACAAUACCCUGCAUAAGAGAGACAAAGCCCACAGCAAUGGUGACUGUGGUGAAGUCAUCUAUCCUGUGUCACCCCUCACUCAGCAUCAUGUUUACACAGAACGGAAGGCCUCCCAGUGCAGCCAGGGCCGGCAAGCCUUCAUUGAGAGCCCCAGUCUGGAACUCCAUCAGCAAGUCUUUUUAAAAGAGAAGUCAUCUGUACCUAGUACACACGAGGACAGCGGCCAUAGCUCCCGUGUCCCCAUUCAACAAAGUGCUCCUCCAGGAAAAAAGCGCUACUGGUGUCCUGAGUGUGGCAAGGGUUUCAGUCAGAGCUCAAAUCUGCAGACUCACCGGAGAGUGCACACGGGGGAGAAGCCCUACAGCUGCGGGGACUGUGGCAAAGGUUUCCGUUCCAGCACGAGCCUUGGCACCCACCAGAGAGUCCACACUGGGGAGAAGCCGUACAGGUGCGACAAAUGUGACAAGGGUUUCAGCUUGAGUUCCAAACUUGACCUCCAUCAGCGGGUCCACACAGGAGAGAAGCCAUAUAAAUGUGAAGUGUGUGGGAAGGGUUUAAGUUCAGUCUCAAGCUUCCAAAGACACCAGGGGACCCACACAGGAGAGAAGCCAUUCUGCUGCGGCGUGUGUGAGAAGCGCUUCAGUUUGAGCUCAAAUUUUCAAGCCCACCAGAGAGUCCACUCUGGGGAGAAACCGUACAGAUGUGACACGUGUGGGAAGCGUUUCACCUGGAGCGUGAGCCUUCACAGUCACCAGAGCGUCCACACGGGGGGGGGGGAGAAACCCUAUAAAUGCGAGGAGUGUGGGAAAGGCUUCUGUCAUGCCAAAACCCUGAAGAGCCAUCAGCGCGUCCAUACCGGCGAGAAACCGUUCAGAUGCAGCGUGUGCCAGAUACAGUUCAGUCAGGCCUCGCACCUCCAGGCCCACCAGAGGGUGCACACGGGGGAGAAGCCGUUCAAGUGUGAGGCGUGUGGGAAAGCCUUUGUCCGCAGAGCCACUCUCCGAGUCCACCUGACAGUUCACACUGGGGAAAAGCCGUUCAAAUGCAGUGCUUGCCAGAAGCGGUUCAGUAAGGCCACAGACCUCAAAUGCUACCAGAGGGUGCACACGGGGGAGAAGCCGUUCAAGUGUGAGGAGUGUGGGAAGGGAUUCAGGUGGAGCCCGGCUCUUCGUGCUCACCGGAGGGUCCACACGGGAGAGAAACCCUACACGUGUCAGCAGUGCGGGAAGGGCUUCUGUCACGCCUCGUACUUCCACGUGCACCAGAGGGUCCACACCGGGGAGAGACCCUACAUCUGCGGUAUCUGCUGUAAGGGCUUCAGUCAGAGAUCACAUCUCGUCAACCACCAGAGGGUCCACACCGCAGGGAACCUCUAG